UGAUGGCCAUAUGGAGAACAAAAUUUUCAUUAACCAUUUUUGUAAAUCUUUAUCGACGUGUACGCCAGUAAACCCUAAUCCUCGAUGAAAACCCUCGAUUAAAUGCUCUUCCACUCAUCUGGUUGCUCGUAUCUCUGUUUCCUCUGCUCAUUUCUUGCGCUGAAUACAAUGGCAUUCAUAUUGUUAUGGAGAUGCAUAGUUUGUUCAGGGAAAUCUUCGUCAUGUCUUCCUCUGAAAAUCAAAUUGCAUUCUCCACCAUUCAUAUUCCCACCAUUCUCAACACUUUCUUCUUCAUCAUCAUCUAGUUUCACACCCUCCCUCAAUAUCAUUUCAGAGCUCCUAACAAAAGAUUGUGGGUUUUCUUCUUUACAAGUGACAACUGUAAUGAGAAGAGCACCACGGCUGUUGAGAAACAAAUCCGACCAGACCGCUAGAGAAGUCAUUCAUCUCCUUAGAGAUUCUGGAUUCACUGAAAACAAGCUCAAGAUUCUAAUUGUUAAAAACCCAACUAUUCUUUUACUCAAAGUGGAUAGUCAGUUGAAGCCCAAGAUGGAGUUCCUGAAAAAAAUGGGCUUGGCUACUCAAGACAUAGCACAUAUGGCAUUGCGCACACCCAGAUUGCUUGCCUCGAGUUUGGAAAACUCUGUUGUCCCUAGAAUUCUCCAUCUUGAAACCAUAUUUGGCUCAAAGGUCCAUCUGUGCAAGGCUUUGAGAGUAGCGCCCCAGCUUUUGACGAGUGAUUUUGAGAGGCAGGUGAAACCUAAAGUGGAGUAUUUGAAGAAUAGUCUAGGCAUUCUGGAAGGUUCAACAGCAUUUGCGCGAGCCCUCAAUGCGGUUAUAGGCCUUAGUUUUGAAACCUUGGAAGCGAAAACUAAACAUAUGGCGAGUCUUGGUCUGGCAGAGGAGGAAAUCAGUCAAAUUCUUAAGGUCUUGAGCCCCGGAUUGUUGCUUUGUAUUCACCGAUUUUGGGUUUAAGCAUAGAGAAAAGGCUCAAACCCCGCUAUGAAGUCUUCAAAUCUCUGAGGACAAGUCCACAUGCCAAGGAUCUACCUAGCCUGGCUAAAUUCUUUAAGCUAGGUGAGAGAGAAUUCCUUGCUAAGUUCAGCCAAUACAAUACUAGUCAAGUCUAACGGUCAUUGUUUAUAGUGAUGCGCUUUUGUUUCUUCAAAGGUUGGGCUGGUAUUAAAAGGGCACUGGAACUUACCUAGUACAAGGUAAUGUCUUAAACGAUUUUUACCUUCUUGAUUAUAAAAGACAAAAGACAAGAGAGGAGAAUACAAGGGACUGCGUUGAAAGAGGAAGCAGCAUCAGGAAGACAAGAGACAGGAUUUGAAAGCAUGGAAUUUUUGUUGAAAAUAGAGGAGCUCAAUCUCCUCUUUCUGUAUUGAUUUUAUCAGAACUAAAAGUCUGUGAGUUUUAUAUUUCAUCAGUCUAAGUAUCUGUAGAGCAGAUAUUUAGUGUUAGUAAAAGUUGCCCCAUUGUUAUCUCUCCCUUGGGAGUAUAUGUAAAUAAUCUGCCAUUGUCAUUAGUGUUCAGUAGUAGAGUUUGUGAGAAGUACCUCAUUUUAAUUAAAUUCUCAGAAAAUAAGCUAAUCUUCUCUUCCGUUGUGGAUAAUGGCAUUAUAGUUGGGGUUUCCUUGUUUUUGUUGACUAUUUUAGGGCGUGGGAAUGAAUAUUUGUUCCAGACUGCCUGGAUUGAUUACCCAUUCGGUUGGGCUACCCACAGGGUUUGCAUCAAUUCUUUACCUAUGAGUUUAAAUUCUACUGACAAAUUGGCUUUUGUUUGGAUCAUUCUGCUGUAGAUUCAAUCAAAAUGAACAGUCAUUAAAUCCGUUUAGCUCCAUCUACAGUUCAGAUUUGAAUUCACAAUUAGGAUAUCCAUUCACAGAGUAAGUUGAUAUUUCAUUUCUUCUGUAUAGCUUUAACAAUAAGCAUGAUAUUUGCAGCAGUCUAUUAUUACAAA